AUGACUAGUGGUAGUGCUAUUGGAAUCUCUACCAUGAGGCCUUGUUGUAGAAUCCUAUGUAACUAUAAAAGCCCAUCGAUCUUUGGAUUUUCUCCAACCAAGUUCAGUGAUUCAGCAAUCAUGGGCAUGUUGACCAGAUCAGGUCAUCACAAAUCAAAUCAUCGCCAUAGAUAUAAUACUUGUGAUUCUCAGAUUGUAGGGUACAUAAAUAUGAUUAAUCCGAAUCGGAGAGAUUUUAGUGUUUCCGGUUCGAAUUUGGGUCUUGUUAGGGAUUUUAGCACUAGUGUUUGUGUCAAUAUUGGUAGUUUUAGGCCUAGGGUUGCGUCCUUGAUACCGCAUGUAGCGUCGGAUUUUAGGAAUCACUCUACAUCGGUUGAUUCUCAUGCUCAUGACACGAGCUUUGAGAAGAUUUACAUUCAAAGCGGCUUGAAUGUGAAGCCAUUGGUGAUUGAAAAGAUUGAGACUGAUCAAAGUAAAUUGGAGGAAGUAUCUGAAGAAGAAUGUGAUGUGUCAAAUGACAAUCUAGAUAAUUUGAAGGAUUUGAGUGAGAAUAAGGUUCGGAGGGAGGUCUCUGAGCUUGAAAAGGAAGCUUGGAAGUUGCUUCGGGAUGCUGUUGUUACUUACUGUGGGAAUCCGGUUGGGACUGUUGCAGCUAAUGAUUCCGCUGACAAACAACCGCUGAAUUAUGACCAAGUCUUUAUCCGUGAUUUUGUUCCAUCGGCGCUUGCCUUUUUGCUCAAUGGUGAAGGGGAAAUUGUCAAGAAUUUUCUACUUCACACAUUGCAGUUGCAGAGUUGGGAGAAGACUGUUGACUGCUACAGCCCAGGUCAAGGGUUGAUGCCAGCAAGCUUCAAGGUUAGAACUGUGCCUCUUGAUGGAAGCAAUGAAGCAUUUGAGGAAGUUUUGGAUCCUGAUUUUGGGGAAUCAGCUAUUGGUCGUGUUGCGCCUGUUGAUUCAGGACUGUGGUGGAUUAUACUAUUGAGAGCUUAUGGGAAACUAACGGGUGACUAUACUUUGCAAGAUAGAGUGGAUGUCCAAACAGGCAUAAGACUGAUCCUUAAGUUGUGUCUAACUGAUGGAUUUGAUAUGUUUCCUUCUUUAUUAGUCACUGAUGGUUCCUGCAUGAUUGAUAGAAGGAUGGGGAUUCAUGGGCACCCUCUUGAGAUCCAAGCAUUAUUUUACUCGGCUUUACGCUGCUCUCGGGAGAUGCUGAUAGUCAAUGAUGCAACUAAGAGCCUGGUGGCUGCUGUUAGUAAUCGCCUGAGUGCACUCUGCUUUCACAUGAGAGAGUAUUAUUGGGUUGAUAUGAAGAAGAUUAAUGAAAUUUAUAGGUAUAAGACGGAAGAGUAUUCUACUGAUGCUGUAAACAAGUUUAACAUCUAUCCAGAGCAAAUUCCUUCAUGGCUAGUAGACUGGAUAUCCGAGGAUGGUGGAUACUUCAUUGGCAAUGUGCAACCUGCUCAUAUGGACUUUAGGUUUUUCACACUUGGAAACCUUUGGGCUAUUGUUUCUUCUUUAGGAACAACAAGACAGAACCAGAGCAUUUUGAAUUUAAUUGAAGCAAAAUGGGAUGAUAUUGUUGCUCAAAUGCCUCUCAAGAUUUGUUAUCCAGCACUGGAGGGUGAGGAAUGGCGUAUCAUCACUGGUUGUGACCCCAAGAACACCCCUUGGUCAUAUCAUAAUGGAGGAUCUUGGCCAACGCUUCUAUGGCAGUUCACAUUGGCCUGCAUGAAGAUGGGAAGGCCUGACUUGGCACAGAAGGCCGUUGAUUCAGCAGGGAAAAGGCUUUCAGUGGAUAGAUGGCCCGAAUAUUACGACACACGAAAUGGAAGGUUCAUUGGGAAGCAAUCACGGUUGAUGCAGACAUGGACCAUUGCUGGUUUCUUGACCUCAAAGAUGCUUCUAGAGAAUCCAGAAAAGGCAUCCUCGUUGUUUUGGGAGGAGGAUUUUGAACUUCUUCAGAACUGUGUCUGCAUGCUAAGCAAAGCUAGUAGAAGGAAGUGCUCCCGUUUUGCUUCAAGGUCUCAGUUUCUUGUUUGA